AUGGCGAACAACAACAACAACAACACCAACACCACCACCAGUGCAAUCCAGUAUGGUCGCAGGCUCUUUCCUUCAUAUUUGGACGAAAUUGCUCAGACAACCCCCGGAAGAGUCUAUGCCGCAAUCCCAAAAACUGCAAACGUUGAAGACGGAUACAGAGAUGUGACCAUUGCCGACCUGGCCCGAUGUGCAAACUUCAUGGCUAAGUGGAUCGAGGAUAAGUUUGGCAAGAGUCAAAACUUUGAGACCAUCACCUAUCUUGGUCUGUCCGACCUCCGCGGUGUCGCCCUCUUCUUUGGCGCCAUGAAGACUGGAUACAAGCUAUUGCUCGUCUCGCCAAGGAACCCGCCCGCGUCUAAUCUUUCCUUGAUGGAGCAGACUGAGAGCAGCAGGCUUUUGUACUCGGCCGAGCUUGCUCCCUUGAUCAAUCCCUUCCGUGCCAUUGCACCGCCGUCGUACCAGUUGGACGUGAUCCCGUCCUUCCUUGAAAUGCUCGAGAGCAACCCCGAGCAUUAUGCCUAUGACAAGAGUUUUGAUGAGGCGAGGGACGAUCCCAUCCUGGUGCUGCACUCCUCUGGCUCUACUGGCAACAUAGGAUCCCCAAAGCCUAUUACAUAUACUCACGGUAGUUUCGCAGCGCACGAUAUGCAGCACCUUCUUCCCGCGCCGACCGGCCGCAGAAAGCGCGAUGUUUCCAUCUUUGAGUUCAAAGAUGAGGCCCGGAUAUAUGUCAUAUUCCCUUUUUUCCAUGUGAGUCCCACAUGUUGCCCUAAACGGAUCCAUACAAUCUUCGACACGGCCACGAUAGUAAUCGGCCCGCCACAUAUACCACCCCACACUGGACUUUUAUUGGCGAUUGCUCAACAGCAGAAACUGCGCGGAGUUAUGAUAGUGCCCGCCAUGAUGGAACAACUCCUACAUGAGCCUACCGGGCAUGACCUGUACAAGAGCGUCGACUUUGUCAUCUAUGGCGGGGCUCCACUCUCACCAGAGGUGGCCAACAAGCUUGCACCGCUUCUUGAGCUGGCCGAGUUUUACGGUUCUUCCGAGACGAUGGCACUGCCAGAGCUUUUCAAGGAUCCCGCGGAUUACGACUACCAUGAGUUCAAUCCUAAUCUAAAGUUUGAGAUGCAGCCGUAUGAUGCCAACGAAGGCACAUUCGAAAUGGUCAUGUUGGCCAAGCACAGUGAUAGGGAUACCGUAGCGCUUUGUCACAAUGUCCCUGGCGAAGAAUUCUAUCACACCAAAGACCUGUUCACACGGCAUCCGACAAAGGAAAAUCUGUGGAAAUACUUUGGGCGUAAAGAUGAUAUCCUCGUGCUUGCCAACGGUGAAAAAGUCAACCCUAUUCCAUUGGAGUUGGCAGUGCAAGGAGAUCCUGCCUUGAACGGGGCGCUUUUGGUCGGUAACGGACGGAACCAGACUGCCCUUAUCGUCGAGCCCAAGGAGGCAUUGGAAACGAAUGCGCGCCAGGAGUUGAUUCGCACACUUUGGCCGCAGAUAGAGCAGGCAAAUAAGCUCCUACCGGGGCAAGGUCGCGUGGCGAAAGACAAGGUCAUCUGUGCGUCUCCCGAUAGACCAUUCGAGAGGACGGGUAAAGCUACCAUCAUACGAUCCUUGACAGAAAAAGCCUACCAACAUGAGUUGGAAAGCCUUUAUUCUGGCUCUUCACCCCAAAACGGGCUUGCUGGUCUUAGCCUGGAAGCUACUGUCAAGACCACAUAUGAACCUGCCAAGAUUGUAAGCUUCUUGCGCCACGUUUUUGGUGCGUCUUCCUAUACAGCUGGAGCUACUAUAGAAGAGGGUGAAGACUUCUAUUCGUAUGGGCUUGACUCGGUGCAGACCCUGGAGAUCACUCGAAACCUCAGGCAUGCUCUACAAGCCCAGACCUCCAAGCCCACCGACUGGAUCACACCUCGGGUCAUCUUCCAGAGCCCAACUCUCGCUGAUUUGUCCAAAUUGCUUGGCGGAUUUCUCAAUGAUGGCAUAGUGCCAGAUAUGGACGAAAGCUCACAAAGCAGAAAGAAUCGCGAUGUUUUCGAAAACGCCGUGGCACAACACCUGGACGGCCUUGACCUUCCGAGCCGGUCAGUGUCGGCUGGAACAAGCAGCACUUCUACUGUCGCCAUCCUGGGCUCCACUGGCUACCUAGGACGUUAUCUGCUCGCCACACUCUUGAGGAAUCCGACUGUUACCCGGAUCGUCUGUCUCGACAGAUCAGCUGAGGCAGAGGAGCGGCAUAAACCGUUUCUCGCCGGUCUCGGGGAAGACUUUGCCUUGGAUAAACUGGUAUACUUCCAGAUUGAGAUUGGCAAGCCGCUUUUUGGACUGAGUAAGUCAGAUUACGAUUUCCUCGGCCGUGAAGUGGAUGCCGUCGUCUACAAUUCAUGGAAACUUGACUUUGGUCUGUCUUUGCGGUCGUUUGACCCUUUUCUAAAGGCGAGCCGGCAGUUGGUAGAGCUAGCGGCCGUAUCAGAAAGAAACAUGCGCAUCAUUUUUGUCAGCUCGGUAUCGGCGGUUGGCGGGCUUGCCAUAAAAAGCGUGGCCCCUGAAGAGCCUGUUGAGGACCCAUCGGCAGCUAUUCCCAUGGGCUACGGCUUAUCGAAGCUCGCCGUUGAGCGCAUCCUGCUUACUGCCAACCGGCGGUAUGGCAUCCCCGUGUCGAUCGCUCGGGUCGGUCAAAUUGGGGGUCCGAGUCAGACCGGUCCUGAUCAUGCUGCCGUUGGUCCGUGGGCAGAUCAGCCAUGGAUCUCGGCCAUUGCAGUAACGUCCAAAUCCCUCGGCGCUCUUCCCACCUUAUCCAACCUCCCUCUCGACUGGCUCCCCGUGGACACCAUAGCCGCCAUGCUACAGGCCUACAUUGUCCGCCCCGCAGAAAAAGAGGCACAGAUAUACAACGUCGUCAAUCGCCAUGCGCAAUCAUGGGACAUGGUCGUGGAUGUCUGGAAGGAGAUGCUUGGAGUUUGCGAUACUAUCGAUUUAGCAGAGUGGGUUGCAAAACUUGAAGAGAUUCAGGAACCGACCCCCGACGACGCCCGCAGGUUACCCGCUCUCAAGAUGUUGCCCGUGUAUCAGAACUUCAGUCAGGCCUCUAGACUUUCCAGCUUUGCAACCGACCAUGCCCAUGGUGUGGCUCAAGUGGAAGCGCCCGUCUUGUCCAAGGAGCUCUUGUCUUUGUGGCUCAGAGAUUGGAAGCUAUAG